CCUAACACUGUUUGUAUCUCUGUCGUUUGUCAGGAGACUCAGCGCUUGAUGGCAGAGCCUGUUCCAGGCAUCAAGGCGGAGCCUGACGAAGGUAACGCCCGCUACUUCCAUGUGGUCAUCGCCGGGCCCCAAGACUCGCCCUUCGAAGGCGGCACGUUUAAACUUGAACUCUUUCUUCCCGAGGAAUACCCCAUGGCAGCUCCAAAAGUACGCUUUAUGACCAAAAUAUACCACCCCAACGUAGACAAGCUGGGAAGAAUAUGUCUAGACAUAUUGAAAGGUAAGGGGCACUUGACUUGCGUCAUUUUGCACCAACAUGGUAGCCUGGCAUCCAAACUGAUUUUGCUAUGUUUCACUGUUGUUUCAGUUCAGGUUAAGUAAACCAACAGUGCGACCAUUUUACUUGCAUAUGCACCUAAAUAUUUUGCUGUGCGACCUGGAAUUUUUAUUUAGGAGCACCAGUGCGCCUAGAAAAAAAUGAUAGUUGUUGCAAUGAUUACUUCACUGUACCGCAGCCCCUUAGAGCCACUGAGAGUACACUGAGCGCAGAUUCAUGCACAUCAUGCUUGCACCAUUACUACAAAGAAAACAGCUUGUUACCUCAUUUUUCAUUGUGCUCCUAAAUUUAUUUGCGCUCCUACAUUUUUCAACUUAGGUGCUCACAUGCUCCUUUAAAAAAAGUUCAACGUAGAGCCCUGGAGCGCAAUGUUCAGUCAGGUUUAAUCAGGCCACCAACAUGGCAGGUUUUGUCAAUACAACAUGGCUGCUUGAACACAAAUAAUAUUUAGUCUGAGGUUGUUAGCAAUAACAUGGCAAAUGAUGUCCUGAAAGCAAUUAAAAAAUUGAGUAGGUGGUAGCAGGUGCAGCUAAUACAGGGACAGAUAUUCCUUUCAUCCCCCUAAUAGGUUAGGUUUAGGAAGGGAUUAUCUGAUUCUAGGUCUGACAUUUAGGGACAUCUACCUUUCUGGAAAUAUCAAAAUAUAUUUGACCUGUUUUAUCAUCAAAAGUAUCUAUGUACAAUCGAAGAUAAUCAUAUCAUCAUCUGACUGAUAACAGAUAGCUAGGGCCCACCUGCGACAACGGUAUCUAGCUAGCUGUACACCGGUAGACAUUGUCCUUCGUCCCCGCCUGUCGGGCAGUGUUUUCCCAUAGUUCUGUUAAAGACGGCGAGGGCAGGUGUUCGACAGGUGGGAGCGAAGGAAACUGUGUGCUAGCUUAGCCAGCUAGUCCGGUACACAGCAGGCGGGGGCUACACCAUGUGCUAACUAGCCAUGUGUGCUAGCAAACUAGCUAGCACACUGUGUCGCUGGUUAGCUAGCACACGGUAUCGCCCCAGCCUGCUGUGCUAGCGGUAGGCGGGGGCAACCGGUAGACAGUGUCCUUCGCCCCCGCCUGUCGGGCACUGUUUUCCCGCAGUUCUGUUAACGACAGUGAGGGCAGGUGUUCAGCAGGUGGAAGCAAAGGACACUGUCUACUGGUGUCAACCCUGCUAGCUAGUAAGGAGGACUCAGGGAGGCGGGGGCGAAAAAACUCAGGAAUGCCCACAUGCAGGAAUGCCCCGAUUUGCAGGCUGCAGUUGCACACUUGGCUCUCUCUCUCCAUGCCACUUUCCACACAGACCAAGCCCCGCCCCCUGUCACUCAAGCAGCGCAGAAGGGCGGCAGUUGUUGCUCGACCACUUGUAUUCAGUCUGCAUGGUCAAUGCAGUACAUGCAACAAAAAUGUUGACGACCAUGAAGCAGAUUUUCUGCUUUGCUUCUUAAUAUAAACUAUAAUUACACAUAGUUUGUGUAUCUUACUGUCUGCAAACAGCUAGUUUGUCUUUUCUUAGCAAGUUGUGGCUAACAAAUCGUUUUAGCCGCAAAUGCUAAUAGCUAGUUAGCUGGCUAGCUAACUAAUAAAUGUACUAGUCAGAGCGAACGUAGCUAGCUAAUACAGCCUGAUACCUAAAUCAGCAUAUUUUUUUGUGCAAAAGUAUCUUCUAAAUCAAAGAGGAAUAGGCGAAGCAUGAAUGUUAGCUACAUGAAGUAUCUAAUAAAAAACAUUUAAUGUAGCCAAAGAUUAUAGGGUCCCCUAGGAAACACUAACCAACGCGUUCCUACCCUGUCACAAUAACACCUCCCUGGCUUUUUCAUUCGUUAUCAUGUCAAACAGCACUCUAUUCAAAGUGCCCACUAUUAUAUACUAACUAUCUACCUAACUUUCGAACGUUGCUAUGGGAACAGCCAAACAACAGGAAGUGAGGGAUUCGACUUCCGCUUUACUUCCCUACUGAAGCCUGCCGGUGGCAAACUUGCCAGAGUAAAUCAUUUGAAAGAGUACAUUUAUAGAGUAUAAAAGUCAAGUAAAUAAGUGUAAGUGUAAUUUUAUAUUUAUUUCAUUCAAGUUCGCUAACGUUAGCUAGACUUACUAGUAGGCUAGUUCUGUUGUGAUAAUAACGUUAGUUGUGUUGUGUUAAGGCCCGGGUCAUCCACCAAGCCAAUAACAAUAACGAUAACUAUAAAAUGUUGGUGAGCAUCCACACUAGAGGAAAGUUUAUUGUUCUCCAGUCCUACACCUGUCAAUCCACUGAUCAACGCAUCCUUCUGCACGCUGCCUAUUAAUAAGGUGGUAGCACAAGACCAUUCAUGAGGUCUGGUCUGGUUCAGAUCAUUCAGUGCUUUCAGGGUGUGUUCAUUGUCAUAGUGACAACUGCAAAUAAUACUUCAAUGUAUACACGUAGGCCUAAUGAAAAAUAAUAUAGUAACUUGUAUUUAAAUGUAGCAAUUCAACAACAAACGCCAUUUAGCCUGCACAUAUUUUACAGCAUGUCAUUGCCUUGUUGCUCAAGUGGUUUGCAAGUGAUUUCCAUUUUUCUAAUGGUUGUCAAUUCCUUUGGGUCUUCGUUUUCACUGUGCUCAUCUCUGUAUCUCCUGUGCAACUAUUUGCAAUGCAUCAGUGCAAUAAUGUUAUCAUAACUUGCCAAAAGUGAUCACACCAAUGCACCUUUUCUCCUCACAUUUCCUCGACAUGCAUUUUCUAUGCUGUAGGCCUGUUUUACAUUCAGCAAUUAGCAAGCCUGCUUCAUUCCCUGAAUAGGCUAUUAGGCCUAGUAUAAAAAAUGAUCUAAAUAAAUGUCCUAUAGCUUUUGUAGCCUAUAGCUUUUCCUGGGAUUUCACGAGAAGAGAAAUGCCUAUUGCGGAGAGGCUUGCGGAGCCUAUAGCCUGUUGCGCUCGGGAGCAGCUGGAAGAGAGAGGCUAGUGAUGUGUAGCCGAAGUAAGAAGCUAGAUAUUACACCAUUCAUUAGCUAAAUAUUAGGGCUAUAGGCUAAAUAUUUACCUGUCAAAGUCCAAGAAAAAUAAGUUAACAGAUUAUGAAAUGGCAGAUCUGUAGUGCGUUCCUCCAGGCUGCACUCUGUGGUCCCCGGGCUACAACAACACAGUGCAAUGAGGAAUUUAUUAUUGUUAAAGUGAAUACACAAUUAUUUUAAACUGCAGUGAUGUAGGCUAAUUUGAAUAACCGCUCACAUGUCCUGUUUUGUUUCAUGCCGAAAUAACUGCAUAGGCCAACAGCCUAGGCCUGGUUAUGCAACCAUUUGGAUCAGUUUGGGUCUAUUCUCGACAGUUUAGAAGGACCAGAAAGGUACAUUGGCAGGCCACUCAUAUGGUAUAGGCCUAUUUUGUCAGGAUGUAGCUUUUUAAGAUAGGCCUACUAUAGGAAAAUAUGGGCUUCUCCUUCCAACUCCCCGUCCGUUAAUUCUGUAGCCUAUUUUACAUUCAGCAAGCAAGAAAAGUGUGCAUCUCUUCUUCAAUAGGCUAUUAAUAGGCUAAAGAAAAUAAGUCUAAAUAAGUGUCCAACAAGCUUUUGUAGUCUGGCUUUUCCUGGGACUCCAAGAUUUAAAAGGAAUAGCCGUGGCAGCUGAGAGGCCAGGUGCGUAAUUAUGUAACAGAACAAUGAAGACAGACCGGCUCGAGAUGUAGCCUAUAGCCUAACAUGCUGACCACACCGCUCGCGUCUGUGUAGCCAGGCGCUAAAAUAGUUAUAUUUGUGACACUUGACGCGCUGCAAGUCUCCUCAUUGGUUUUUAGGAGCAUAUACCCAUGUGGGUGAUUGAAAGAUAAACUGAGGUCCACACUCCAGUCCAGAUGGUGGUGGUAAUGCACCUUAAAGUUGGUUGCCAACCGCCAUAUAAAGCCAGACGAAGAAGACGACUGAAGGAGAGAUUACUAGAAACUAACUCUGUUUACCCUUUUAUCUGUGGAUUAAUUGUUGGAGUAGAGGACCUUGUGCAUGUCAAGUAAAAUAACAACCCAAUGUUUACAUCCCAGGACAAAUUAGCUAGCAACAGCAAGCUAGCUAGCUAAAUUGCCAUGAAUGUUUAAUGCUUUUCGACCUGUCCCCAAAUGAAUGUAGUUUGUUCAGAGUUCGUUUUCAUAUUUCAAUCUGCGUAUCCUGAUCGCGUCUGGCGUGGAUGGACAAAAUCAACAUGUGCCCGGUCUAGUCAGCAUGUAAGAGCCAAUGUAUGCUUGAUCCGAAAAUGUGGUUGGAGGCGCCGUAUGGAUGGUGUGACUCAAUUGCAGAGGCCAAAUUGAGCUCCGUACCGCAUCGCUGUGCACCUCUAAAAUGUAACAAUGCGGAGGGCUCCAUAUAGCACCGCAUUGACAUGAUUGGUUGAUGGUAGGUGAGGGCGGGAGGUCCUGUUUUAACAAAAACUGACUUCCUUUACAACUUACUUCAAAAUAGUGCUGCUCGGCGAAGCGCAAGAAGUAUGAAUGCCCGGUCUUCUGCAGAGGCCGUAUCACCAUAAAUGCUGCACGGCCCAUGCAGAUGUCGGAUUGACUAUGCAGCACCUUUAACUUAGAAGCUUAUGCAUAUUAGCCCAUUAUUCAUAAGCUCAAUCUUAGGCUUAAUACUGCAGUGAAUAUAUCCAGUCAAUUUACACAGCGAAAUAAAAAAGUUGAUCAGACAAUGAAGUCAUAGGUAGCAUUGUGUGCACUCCCGAGGCUGCGCUGAGUGCGCUCCCUCCCUGCAUCUAGGGUUUUUUCUCUGCAGUUUAGCCUAAAAGGUCCAGCCACAUUAGCAGGACAGUUAUAUGGUGUAUUUUGUUAUGAUGUAUCAGCUAACAGAAACAUGCUAAUGCAGGGAUUUCUAGUAGCGUGCAUAUUAAUUAUGAUAAUGCAGGAGCACGGAGGUUGUAUCCAUAGUUUCCACUUUUGGCUUGCAUGUUUUUAGUGUUCGAAAAUGAGGUAGAUAAAAUUAGAAUAUUCUAAUUUAUUUCCAUAAUUCCAACAGUUCACCCAAGUGUAUUGAUCUAAGUCAAAUUACCAUUGCAGUAUUUGGUAAAAAAUAAGGCCUAGAUUUUUUUCCCCAUAUCGUGCAGCCCUAUGUGGCAGUGUGGAAAUUAUCUCAAAUGAGUGCAGAAUGGAGAAAGCCACAUUUCGAAAUCGCUUAGAAUGUAUGUUGCCACCCUAGGGUCAUGCACUACUCACAAAGCAAAUGUAUAACUUGUAUUAUUCAAAAACAUCAUACCAUCAACAUUUUGAAAAAUAUUGUGAUAUGAUAUUUUGGCCUUAACGCCCAGCCCUAACAGAUACAGGGGAGAUGAGACAGCUUUAACUGUCUGUUACACUGCUGCAGCUGCUCUGUAUCUCUGUCAUACACAUCAGUGAGUUCAGGCUCAUUAGUGGGACAGGCCUGGGCAUUGUUUCCUGCCAUAUACCCACUGCAUUAGAAUCAUGUUUGGCCUGCGAGCGCUAUGAGGGAUUUUCCUUUUUAAUCUCACCCAAAAGAUCAAGGGCCUCUCAGAUUACACUUUUGACCUCCCACUCGAGCCACAUAUCCCCAUUGCUGCGACAUGCCACUAGCUGCCUCACCACUGCCCCUAUCGCUCAAAAUGGAUACAUUGCUCAGGCUUCUCUUCCUCCUGAGAUACACUUUUUUUCUCCCCCUUCAUCCCUCACUUUCUCCCCCUCCUCAUUUGUUUUCUUAUAAAAUCUCCUUUCACAGAUAAAUGGUCUCCAGCCUUACAGAUCCGCACAGUUCUGCUAUCAAUCCAGGCAUUACUAAGCGCUCCUAACCCUGAUGAUCCUCUAGCGAAUGACGUUGCGGAGCAGUGGAAAUCCAAUGAAGCUCAAGCCAUAGAGACAGGUGAGUCUUGAUGAAGCCCGGCUCUGAGCAGUGAACGCCUCCAUAGUGCAUUCCUACCCACUCACCACACCCACUUGCCUGGGUCAUGUUCGUUAUGGCACGCAACAGAAAGGGAAAGUUAACUAUUUUUUUUAGACAAGUCCAGGGAGUUCCUGUUUAUUUUCUUGUGUGUUUGAUGCCCAGUGAACACAACCCUGUUAAAAUUUUACACAGUAGCUCAGUCUCUCAAUGCAGCCUACCAUUCAGCCAAUCCAACACUGAAUAAUCUUGCUGGUAACUUUAGAUGCUACACCUUAUGAACUCAUGACUUAAUUUGAUAUAAACAUUUUAAUUUGUAUAUUGUAGCUUUUUUACUCUGUGGCCUACCCUGCAAAGCAAGUACAAAUGUGACGGAGUUACAACUUGAAGCCUCAAGGAUUCAACCGAAAGACUAAUAAAUAGCUGACUCACCAGUCAACACAGCAUUUCGUUUUUCGAUCUACACUUGCUUUCUGAGCUCAUCUCUCUUCCUUAUUUUGUGUUGCAGCCCGGACCUGGACCAGGCUUUACGCUCAGAACAACAUAGAAGUUUAGAAAAGGCGACAAGCUGAGCGAAACCAAGCGGGAAGUCAGUGUGAACACAAAUUCCUCAUGUUCUGCCAAGACCACUUCUUCUUCCUACUUCAUUUGCAUUUAAAGGACACCGUCUUGGAGGAAAAAAAGUUAUUAUAAUAAAAAAUAAAAACACAUUUUAAGGAAUAUUAAAAAAGAGGAAAAAAAGACCAGUGAAUUGGUGAUAUAAAUGCAUAUAAGAAAAAUGGAAAAACCUGACUUGUUGUCUUUGUCGUAAUUCACUACUGUUCAGAUGCAUGGGCAGAUCUAACUCACCUCCUGGUGUUCUUUUUCCAUAGUUUUGGGAGGAAACCACCAAUAUCCGCUUUAACGAGCUUCGUACGAAAAAUUAAAAUAAAAGUGUUGUUUGUCAGUCCAAUGUUUGUUUCGGGGGUAGGGUAGGAUUUAUUGUCCAAGAUUGCCUAACUUUUUACUUUUCUUUUAACUUUGUUGUCGCUCGUGAUGCUGGUUGUUUAUUGAAAGCAGCUGAUUAGCCCCAUGUAAUAGACAAACCCUUUGAGACAGACUAUGGAUGGACUCAUUCCUCUGUAGAAGGCCUACUAGCAAAACAACAUCAACCUAGCUCCUGCUAAACCACAUCUCUGACUUGAAUAUUAAAUACAAGUAACAAUAUAAUGACUAAACAAUUAAUCUGAGCUUGCCAUCAUCACGUUUAACUGUUAAAACCGCUGUCCAUGUAGAGACCCUAACGUAGGCUUGUAACCUUUGUGUGGGUGUGGGAGGGCGAUAGGGAUGGUGGGGACAGGAAUUCCAUACUUCUGUUAUUCUGUCUUUUUAUUUUAUUUGAAUGUUUCCCUGACAUGGGUCUACUACAGUGGAGGCUGGUGGGAGGAGCUAUAGGAGGAUGGGCUCAUUGUAAUGGCUGUAAUGGAGUCAAACGUGGUUGACAUAUGUUUGAUACGUUCCAUUGAAUGCAUUCCAGCCAUUACAAUGAGCCGU